CGGUUCACCCUCCGCCACCGGCCCCGGCUGCCCCACACCGGCGCUGCCAUGGGGCCACGUUGGGUGUUGGGGCUCCUCGUCCUCCUCCUGCCGCUGCUGGGGGGCACCCCCCAGGACCCCGAGCUGGUGCUGGUGGCCCCUCGGCUCGUGGCCCUGGGGACCCCCGUGGGGGUGCUGGUGGCGGCCGUGGGGCCGGUGACGGGGACGGUGACGGCCUGGCCCGGGGAGGGCGACCGUGGGGCAGGACCCUGCGCCCCCCCGGUCCCCUUCGACCUCGGGACCCACAACGACUUCAGCCAGAUCCUGAACAUCGAGGUGACCCCAGAGCAGGCCAAGAGCUGUGGGGUGCUGGAGGCCGCCGUGGGGCAGACGCUGCUGCUGGAGGCCCGGAGCCCCCCCCUGCCCCCCCGGGGGCUGCGUGUGGGGCUGGGGGCGCCCCGGGGGGUGCUCCUGGUCCAGACUGACAAACCCCUCUACGCCCCCCGGCAGACCGUGCGUUUCCGUGUCUUCUCUCUGGACCCCGACCUGCGGCCGAACCCCGAACCCAUCCUGAUCACCAUCACGAACCCCCUGGGGGCGCGGGUGCGUGAGGGGCAGCGGGUGCCCCUGGGGAUGGUGCUGAGCGACCAGAUGGUGCUGCCCGACAUCGCGCUGCCGGGGCGGUGGCGGGUGCAGGCCCAGCUGCUGAGCAGCCCCCAGAGCGGGGGAGGAGCCACCUUCAGCGUGCGGCCCUACGCGCUGCCAGGUUUCUCCCUCCGGGCCGUUCCCGACCGCCGGUUCCUGCUGCUGCUGCCCGGCCCCGCCCCCCCGCUGCACCUGCGCCUGCGCGUCCGGUACCUGGACGGGGCGCCAGUGGGGGGCCGGGCUCAGCUGCGGGUGGGGCUGCGGGGGGGCCCCUUCCUGCGGGGGCUGGACCAGCACGGCAAGGUGACGUCAGGGGAGGGGGAGUUCAACGUCACCCUGGACGCCGUCGUCAGCGCCCUGGGCGUGGCCGCGCACGAGCUGGAGGGGGAGGGGCUGCACCUGAGGGUCACCGUCAUCAAUGACGAUGGGGGGGAAGUGGUGCAGCAGGAGGUGGGGGUGGGGCUGGUGGCCACGCCCUGGACCCUGGACCUGAGCCCCACCCCCCGCUUCUUCGUCCCGGGGGGCCCCUUCAUGCUGUUGGGCCGGGUGUCAGAAUUUGGGGGGUCCCCAGCAGCCGGAGUGGAGGUGAAGGUGGAGGUGGGGGUGACGGGCGCUGCCCCUCCCCCAACCUUGCUGUCGCGGGCGGGGCCCGACGGCGUCAUCACUGUCCCCAUCAACGUGCCCGCGGGCGCCCGUGACGUCAGCCUGAGCGUGGAAGCGGGGUCCCCGGGGUCCCCCCCGGCCCGGGCGCGGGUGACGCUGUCGCCGGUUGCUGCCGUCUCGGGGCGUUUCCUGCUGCUGGGGGGACCGGGGGGACCCCUGCGGCCCGGGGAGCUGCUGCGCCUCCAGCUGCGCGACGUGGGGCCCCCCCCGGCCCCCCACAUCUACCACCUGGUGGCGGUGGCGCGGGGGCGGCUGGUGGCCGCGCAGGGGGUUCGCGGCGGGACGGUGACGGAGGUGACGGUGCCGGUGACGCCGGCCAUGGCCCCGCGGCUGCGCCUGGUGGCCUUUUACCAGGCGGGGGGGCAGCUGGUGGCCGCCAGCUGGGGGGUGCCCGUGGGGGGCUCCUGCCACGGCCAGCCUCCGGGUGUCCCCCCGCCCCCCCCCCGGCCCCGGCGCUCCCUGAAGGUGCUGCAGCUGCUGGAGGAGAAGGGCGAGGCCGUGGCCCCGCGGUGCUGCCGUGACGGGGCGCUGCCCCUGCGUGUCCCGUGUCCCCAGCGGGGCCGGCGGGUCCCCACGGCCGGGGGCUGUCGCGAGGCGUUCCUGCGCUGCUGCCGCCGGGCCCGCGCGCUGCGGGGGCGGGGGGGGAACACCGGCGUGGCGCGAGGGCUGUUCCUGGAGCCGGAGGAGUGGGGGGAGGAGUGGGGGGAGGGGCAGCUCCUGGCCCGGAGCUUCUUCCCCGAGAGCUGGCUCUGGCGGAGCCUCCCGGCCAACGGCCCGGCCCGGGUCACCGUGGUUCUCCCCGACUCCAUCACCACCUGGGUGAUCCAGGCCAUCGCCGUCAUCCCCGGCUACGGGCUGUGCGUGGCCGUGCCCCAGCGGGUGACGGUGACCCAGGACGUCUACGUGAGGCUGCAGCUGCCCCCCAGCACCCGCCCCCACGAGCAGCUGCAGCUCCUGCCCCACAUCCACAACCGGCUGCCCCACGGCAUCAACGUGACGGUGACGCUGGCGGUGGCCGAGGGCGUCUGCACGGGGCUGGACGGGACCCCCCAGCGCCUGGCGGUGCCCCCCGGGGGGGCGGUGGCCGUGCCCCUCACCCUGGUGCCCCUGCGCCCCGGGGACGUCCCCAUCACCGUCACCGCCCGCGGGCCCUGGGGGGUGGGCGACAGCCUCACCCGCGUCCUCCACGUCGAGCCUGAGGGGGAGCUGCACCUGGAGGAGACCAGCUACGUCCUGGACACCGACGGUGCCGGCGGCCGCACCCUGCAGAUCCCCGGGACCGUCCCGGCCGGGGCCAUCCCUGACGGGGAGUUCAGCGUCAGCAUCCGCGUCACCGGCCGCGUGGGGCUGUGGGCGCUGCGGGGGGCGCUGGGCCGGGGCCGGGCGGUGCUGAGCGCCCCGCGGGGGUGCGGGGAACAGGCGCUCAUGGCGCUGGGCCCGGCCGUGGCCGCGCUGCGCUACCUGGACCGGGCCGGGGGCUGGGGGCGGGCGGGGCUGGGGCCCCCCGGCAGGGAGAGGGGGCUGCGGGGGCUGCGCACCGGCUUCGAGCGCGUGCAGAGCUUCCGCAAGAGCGACGGCUCCUACAGCGCCUGGCAGCACCGGCGGGGCAGCACCUGGCUGACGGCGCUGGUGCUGCGGGUGCUGGCCCUGGCCCGUCCCUACCUGCCGGUGGCCGCGGGUGGCCCCGCGCUGUCCCUGCGGUGGCUGCUGGGACAACAGCGCCCGGACGGAGCCUUCCACGAGAACGAGCCCGUCCUGCACCGCAAGAUGCAGGGCAGCGUAGCAGACCCGGGUCCCGAGGCCACCGUGUCCCUGACGGCCUUCGUGGUGGUGGCCCUGCAAGGGACACGCGUGCUGCUGCCACCGGACAGCCCCGACCACGCCCGCCUGGACGAUGCCCUGUCCCGAGCCGCCUCGUUCCUGGGGCAGCGCGUGGGGACGCUGGGGCCCUUUGCCACGGCCAUCACCGCCUACGCGCUGGCGCUGGGGGACACGGCCCCCCCCGGCCCCUCCCCCGCCCUGCUCCGCCUGCGCCACCUGGCCCGGCCAGCACAGGGUGGCCGGGCGCAGUUCUGGCCGGCCGGUGGCCCGGCGGCCACGGUGGAGGCCACGGGCUACGGGGUGCUGGCCCUGCUGCAGCACCGCGACACCCCCGGCGCCACGCGGGCGGCCCGAUGGCUGCGGGCCCAGGGCAACUACGGGGGGGGGUUCCGCUCCACCCAGGACACGCUGGUGGCCCUGGAGGCGCUGGCCGAGCUGUGGCUGCACUGGGCCGAGGGGCCGGGGCUGAGCCUGGCGCUGAGCUGGCCGGGGGGGGCCCAGCGGGGGCCGGGGGGGACGCGGGUGACGCUGGGACCCGGCCUGCAGGCGCUGGAGCAGGAGCUGCGGGUGCCCCUGGGCAGCCCCAUCACGGUGCAGGUGGAGGGACACGGCGAAGGGACCCUGACGGUCCUGCGCCAGUUCCGCCUCUCCUCCCCCCUGAACAGCAGCUGCCCAGGGCUGGGCCUGCGCGUCGCCAUCACCGGGCCAAUCAGCUACGAGGAGGAGGACUAUGAGGACUAUGAGGAGGCGGAGCCUGAGGAAGGGGCGGAGCCUGGAGAAGGGGCGGAGCCUGCAGAGAGAUUGAGGCCUACGGCAGCAUCGAGGCCUGCGGAGGGGGAGGAGCCUGCGGAGGGGGAGGAGCCUGCGGAGGCCGCCGCCGCCCCCCCGAGCCCCGCGGCAGCGCGGGGCCGUCGGCGCCGUCGUGACGCGCGUGACCUCAGCCGGGAGGUCGCCUUCCUGGUCUGCGUCUGGCGGCAGGCGGGGGUGGAGCUGGCGGGGAUGGCAGUGGCCGAGAUCUCCCUGCUGAGCGGCUUCCGGCCCCACCGCGGCGACCUGGACAACCUGCGGGACGUGGUCGAUCGCUGGAUCAGCCACUACGAGCUCAGUGGGACGCGGCUCGUCAUCUACCUCGACCAGGUGCCCACCCAGCGGCAGUGCUUCAGCUUCGGGGCCACUCAGGACGUGGCCGUGGGGCAGCUCCAGCCGGCCAUGGCCACCAUCUACGACUACUACGAGCCGGCCCAGCGCUGCACCGUGUUCUACAACGCCCCGCGCCGGAGCAGCCUCCUGCCCACCCUGUGCUCGUCCCAGCUCUGCCUCUGCGCCCACGGCGGGUGCCCCCAGCCCCGGGGGGGGGCUCAGGACCUGGCCCUCGCCGAGCGCCUGGACUUCGCCUGCUACAGCCCCCGCGUCAGCUACGCGCUGCUGGUUCAGGCCCAGGCCCAGGGCGAGGCCGGGCCCUUCCUGGCCUUCGAGGUGGAGAUCCUGGAGGUGCUGCUGGGAGAGCCGGCCCUGCGGGGGCGGGGCCAGGUGCUGGCGCGCGGCAGUUGCCCCCUGAGGCUCCGCCCCCCCCGCCGGUACCUGCUCAUGGGGGGGGAGGGGACGCUGCUGAGCGACCCCCAGGGACGCCCGCGGUUCCUGCCCGGUCCCCACUCGUGGCUCGAGGAGGUGCCGCCCCUCCCCCGCUGCGGGCCCGCCGCGCCCUGCCGCCCCCUGCUGGAGCUGCUGAGCACCCUGCGGGCCGGGGGGUGCCCGUUCUGAGGGGCACUGGGAGCCACUGGGAGCCACUGGGAGCCACUGGGAGCCACUGGAACAGGCUGGGGGCAACCGGGAUCAGGCGGGGAUGCUGCUGCGGUCAGACUGGGAGCCACUGGGAGCACCCUGGGGGCAACUGGGAGCGACUGGAACAUGCUGGGAGCGACUGGGAUGAUACUGGGAUGAUACUGGGAGCUACUGGGAGCACCCUGGGGGCAACUGGGAUCGUGCUGGGGGCAACUAGGAGUGACUGGAACAUGCUGGGAGCAACUGGGAUGAUACUGGGAGCUACUGGGAGCGACUGGGAUGAUACUGGGAUGAUACUGGGAGCUACUGGGAGCACCCUGGGGGCAACUGGGAUUGUGCUGGGGGCAACUGGGAGGAACUGGGACUGCCCUGUGGGCAACUGGGAGCAACUGGGAUCGUGCUGGGGGCAACUGGGAUCAUACUGGGAUGAUGCUGGUGUCAUACUGGGAGUGACUGGAACAUGCUGGGAGCAACUGGGACGAAACUGGGACGGUACUGGGAGCCACUGGGAGCUACAGGGAGCACCCUGGGGGCCACUGGGAUGGUGCUGGGAGGGACUGGGAGGAACUGGGACCGCCCCGGGACUGUACUGGGAGCGACUGGCGCCGCGCCCCGCCCCCACCGAAUAAAGGCUUUCCCGCGCCCCGCGGCGGGGGGCGGAGCCAUGCAAAUUUA